GAGCGCAAGAAGCUGAUCUCUGAACUGAACCACACCUGCAAAACCGAAGCAAGCAAGCAAACUAGAUAUCGUCACAGGACACGAUGGCCACGCUCUCUUCUUGCAGCCGCCUGAGCGGCGGCGGCGCCACCGCCUUCCACCGCCGCCGUAGCCGGCCUUCGCGUGCCACAGUCAUCACCUGCCGGAGCUUCUCGGCCGCGGUCCGCGCGGCCGCAACCGCCUCUGCCACGGCGACGGAAACGGCAACGGCUUCGGUGCCGCAGACCAAGGAGUGCUCGCUCCCGACGUGGGCAGAGUUCGAGCUAGGAAAGGCACCGGUCUACUGGAAGACCACCAGCGGCCUUCCUCCUGCCCCGGGAGAGGGCCUGAAGAUAUUCUACAACCCUGGGACGACCGAGCUGACACCUAACGAGCAGUUCGGCGUCGCGUUCAACGGGGGGUUUAACCAGCCGAUCAUGUGCGGUGGUGAGCCGAGGCAGAUGACGCUGCAGGAGAGGGGAUCAGCCGAUCCCCCCAUAUACACCAUCAGGAUUCGAGUGCCGCAGCAUGCCACGACACUGGUUUUCUCCUUCACAAAUGGAAGUGAAUGGGAUGGGGAAUACACCCUCAAGUUUAAGGUCCCCAAACCAUGGCUCGGCAAGCCCUUGAGCUUUUUCAACGAGGGGCUGGCAGACGAGCUCAACAUGGAGGGUGCCUGCGACAGAGCCAUCUUCCCGGAUGAAAACAUCGUCAUCACAAGCUGCGAAAUGGGCAGCUACUACGAAGAAGGUGGAGACCGGUGCAAGCUGGACAUUGUGAGCGGAUGCAUGGAUCCGGCCUCGCACAUGUUUGAUCCACUCGCCGUCAUCGAUGACGGCACCUGCCCGCUGGACUCUGAUUCGGAGGAGUGACCACCACCUCUUGGCAGUGUUCACUUGUACUAGAACAAAGAGUUGGUCGAUGUGCCCUUCUUGUUCACUUGUAUAAAAGAAGAGAGAAUUCGUGAUACGAUAACACAAACAAUGAUAGUACAGUACAUGUGCUGUGAUAGUCAA